GGGGAAUGGCCCUACGAGUGUGGGGAGUGUGGGAAGGGCUUCAGCUACAGAUCCAACCUUGUGACCCACCAACGUCUCCAUACUGGAGAGAGGCCCUACGAGUGUCCCCAGUGUCAGAAGAGGUUUCAGAGCAGCUCCAAUCUCCUCCAGCACCACCGGAUUCACACCGAGGAGAGGCCCUUCCUCUGCCCUGAGUGCGGGAAGGGCUUCAAGCACAACUCCAACCUCAUCAAGCACCGGCGCAUCCAUACUGGGGAGAGGCCCUACCAGUGCGCCACAUGUGGGAAGAGGUUUCAGACAAGCUCCCAUCUCCUCCUGCAUGACCGGAUUCACACGGAUGAGAGGCCCUUCCACUGCCCCGACUGUGGGAAGGGUUUCAAGCACAACUCCACCCUCAUCACCCACCGACGCAUCCACACAGGGGAGAGGCCCUACGAGUGUCCCCAGUGUGAGAAAAGCUUCACCAGUAGCUCUCACUUGACCAGACACCAACGGAGCCACCAGUAAGGGAAGCCCUGCAAAUGCCAAAAAUGCAGGAACAGCUUCAUGCACCACUCCAGCUUCAUCCCCCA